AAAACCCCAAAAAAAUGCAUACCACAGGGACCAUUUUUGCAAUUUUGUCAAAUUAUAAUUUGCACAAAAAUCGAUAUUGCUGUAAUGCACGAACGUAUAUAAAAGGUGGUUUCUGGUGUUAGGGUUUAGGCAACUCGUAGAUUGUAAUUUCUUCGAUUAAGAGGCUAUACUGAUGAUAUGGGUAUCCGACAAUUAGCCUAAUAAGAUGGAAUUGGGGAUUUUUUUCUCUAUCAUCUGAUCAUUCUGCAGUUGAUAUGGGAUUGUGAUUUGUGGAGCCAAAAGAGAAGGAAUGAUGGUUAUCUAGCUAAAAGCAGAAAAGAAGCAUCAAUGAGAAUGGAUAUGGAUUCUAAAUUGUGUUCGGAAUCAAGGGAAAAUUAACUAGGAUAUAUUGUAUCUAUGUGCCUGACUGCAUAUCUGAACGAGGUAUAACAACAGAGAAUGGAGUUUGAUCAUGAUCAUGAUCAUGUUAGGAGGCGAGUGGUGGAAGAAGACAGAUUGAGCAGCUUGCCAGAUGAGCUUAUUCAUAAGAUCCUUUCCUGUUUUGACAUGAAAUAUGCUGUUCAAACAUGUUCGUUGUCAUCAAGAUGGGAGUUUCUCUGGACAUCAAUGCCUUGUCUUAACUUGUCAAGUAGGGAGUUUAGCUGUUUACCAAAGUUUGCCAAAUUUGUGAAUCAUGUUUUGACUCACCGCAACCAUCAAGUAGAAGUGUCUUCUGUAAAGCUACAUUUCAAUGGAGCAGCUAGUCAGGUUUUCGUGAGAAAAAUUGCAAGUUAUAUGUUCUCUCACAAUGUCCAACAACUAACUGUUGUUUGUUUUCCCAAAAAACACCAUGAAUUCCCUCCUUCCCUUUUUAGCUCUCAGACUCUUAAGCAUUUCACAUUGAGUAACCGCCCUCUUUAUACUUCACCUUGCCUUACACCCAAAACACCUUGGGAUUUUCCAGCUUUAGCAACUUUGCAUCUUAGCCACAUCACAUUGUGUGAUGAUCACACCGAGAAGUCUGUUGAUCUUUUCUCCAAAUGUGUAAACUUAAAGAACCUCACUUUGGAGUGGUUCACUGUCGAGGCUAUUGACAUCAUUACCCCUCGACUUUCUAAUCUCGUGCUUAUCAAAGGCAGACGCUCAUUGGUCAUCAACCUGGUUGCACCUCAACUUGAACAUCUCACAAUAAUUGAUUGUUCAAUCGAUUACUUGAAUGCUCCACCAGGGCUUUCAUCUUUGUGCUACACGGGUGAUCUUCCUCAACAAUUCUCCAAAGAUGGAUUUCAUUCUCUGAACAAAGUGUCUAUCUGUUGUGAUAUGUAUAGGCAAUAUAAGGAGAAAGUGGCACGCAAGGCUAUUAAAAUGCUUCAAGAGCUCCACAGUGCCAGAUAUCUCACACUUAAUGUGGACUUUAUUGAGUGUCUUUCCUCUUAUCCAAAUUUAUUAUCACACCAUCCAUCACCUUUUAGCAGCUUAAUCUGCUUGACUAUAGACUCUAGCACGAGGAAUGAUGCAUACAAUGUAAAAAUGUCUACCGAAGCUAGAAACUUCUUUCUUGAGAACUCUCCAAAUGCCACAUUCAUCAUGGAAUUACCCGAGCCUCCACCUACAAAAGCAAUGAAGCAGAAAGAAGCUAGGGCAAAAAAGGCUAAACGCGCUGCAGAGAUUGCAAUCCAUAUGACAGAAUUCCAGGCAUUGUUAGAUCAUGAUAAUAUGAAUGUUGAGCGAACACAAGCAAAGGAAAAGGUUAAUGUUACCCUUGAGAAGCUCAUGGCACAAUCAAAAGCUCAAGUAGGGAAGAUGCAUAACCAGACUGAGAGACUUAUGGCAGAGUUUAAGAUCUGUGUGGAAGAGGUGCGGGAUUUGGUUAAUGAAGAAGAAGCAGAAGUUAAAGCAAUCAUUUCAAAGGGAACCCUAAUAAGAUCAUUACUGGAAGAUAUGCCUAAGAGAGAGAGGACAGAGGUCGAAGCACGCUACUCUCGACAGCUUGAAGAAAUAGAAGCACAACAUGUUCGUCUAGCCUCUAGGCUUGUGACUUUAGAAGGAAUCUUAGCUUGUGAACAAUUCAUGUCUCAUUGCAUCUCAAAAUAUCUGGCAUCAUCUAAUUCCUCCACAACAAUUCCUACACCCUCCACAUCGAGCAUCAACCCUAUGCCGUGAACCACCCACCCAGGUAACCCUUAUUCUCUACAACAGUAAUUACUACUUAAUUAGCGGGGUGGGAUGCGUUGGUGGAAAUGAUUUUUUUUUUUUUUUUUUUUUCAAAAAAGAGGCUGAUUCAAUACCAGUUUCGAACGACGUUACUAAUCUGAGAUAUGGUUUUUGUUUUUGAAAAACUCUCGAAUUAGUAACGAGAACGAAUACCUUUUUUCCUUAAAUUCUAGAACGAACUGGAUACACCAAGUUUCACUCCGGCCAAUUUGGUAUAAAUUCAGCUAAAUUAUUGUUAUUAUA